GUCGCCUAGCUUUACAUAAGAAAUGGAAGACGCAUGGUAGAAUGCGGGAAAUCCAUGUGAACUUUGUUUUGGUUUUAUGUUCCAGCGAUUUAUGAGAAAAAAAACAAUUUGAAACAAGAUGGCAGCACUAGACUCAAUGGCAGAACUCACAGGUUUAUUGGAACAAUGGGGUAGAGAGCAGACAACAGCAACUAGCCCCAUCCAUAUCCUUGCAAGAAUCUCUGAGUUGAUGGAGAAGGAGACAGAAUCCUACUAUAAGAUGGACCCUGACCCAUUUGAUGACCGGCACCCAGGACGAGCUAAUCCCACAUGUGCACUGGGACACUUGAUGAAAGCCUUAUUUAAAAAUGAAGACUUUAUGAAUAAGCUGGUCAGUCAGUACCUGAUGAGCAGUCGUGACCAGCAGUACGAUCUACAAGCAGCAGCCUGCCGACUUCUGCUGGCCUUACUCCCAGGACUGGAGCCGUCCAUUGUAUUUCAGGAAACGGAGGGCUUGGUGCGUAAACUGUUACACUGGGCGGAGACGAGUGAAGACCCACUGCGGUCCUACGCCAUCGGAGUGCUGGCUGGUGCCAUGGAAAUACACGAUGUCGCAGCUAACUUCAAGGAUGUCAACAGUGGCCAUAAGCUGGUUUCUCUGAUGUUGAGGCGGCUACAUGACCUUAAGGCUCAGAUGGAGCAGGAGAACAUGGAACAGACUGGUAAAUCAGACGAUAACCAAAGAUUCUUCUCCAUGUUUGAUGCACACAAAUCAGACCGCACCCCCGACAAAACGGACAGAGGUAGUACAAGUGGCAAAAAGACUGGCAGUCCUGGGAAAUCUGUAUGUGAUACGCCUAAUACCUCCGAUAGCCAUUGUAGUGGUGGCUUAGCUAGUACGCCAGUCAGUAGUGAUAGACGAGACUUAAAUACUCUAUUGAAAUUCGUGGAUUCUAGCACGCCAGUCAAACACUCUAGCGACAGUAGCUGUGGUGAGCAAGAUUUAGAUAUACCAGUGAAACCCUCUGAUAUUAGUAAACAAGUCAAAUCUUCCAAUGACAAUAGUUGUGGUCAACAAGAUUUAAAUAUACCAGUGAGACCGACUGGUUCCUGUUCGCCAGUGAAACCUCCUAGUAGCAGUAUUCAAACACAACAAGACGAUUUAAAAUUUGUGAAACCAAAUUGUCAAAGUACUGAAAAAUAUUGUGUCAAAGAAAGCAGCAGCCCAGAAAAGAUUUCCACAACGGAACCACAGGAUGGUAGAGACGGAAGUCCAGGAAAGGCUGGAAACAAACGGUCCUAUCGUCAGAUGGCCAUGAAGAGGGCUCUGUCUCCUAGCUACUACAGUGAGGAAAUUUACAGAUUUAAACGCUCAAGAACACGGGAGGAUUCUGUUGGUGAAUUCAGCAACAGUAGCUGGGCGGAGAUGGAGCCAUAUGUGAUUGGGACGUUCUGUCUGUCACCAUUGUCUACAGCCAUGAAGCAGAGACUGAUCCUACAAUACCUCACUCCCAUGGGGGAGUACCAGGAGCUGAUAUCUGCUGCAUUUGAGCACAACGCUGUGGACCUGAUUUUCUACUACAUCGACUUGAAGUGCAACAAAGACAUCAGGCUGGCUUUUGAAGCACUGAAGUACCUGGCCACACUGAUGUGUCAUAAGAAGUUUGCCAUCGAGUUCCUCCAGAUGAGUGGACUGCAGAGGCUGCUGAGUGUGUAUCGUCCCUCCAUCGCCGCCACAGGGGUGUCCCUGUGUGUAUACUACCUCUCCUACUUCGAGGAUGUCUUAGAAAGGGUUUGCCUAUUGCCAGAACAUGUGUUGUCCCAUCUUGUCAGCUACACAUUAUGGUUGAUGGAGUGCUCCCAUGAUUCCAGCCGUUGCCAUGCGGCCAUGUUUUUUGGGAUGGCCUUCCCAUUCAGAGUGAUAUUAGACCUGUUUGACCAGAAGGAUGGCCUGAGGCGACUCUUCAAUGUGGUGAGUACACUAGAGAUAUUGAAUGUGGAAAAUCGACGGGACAGCCUGAACGAGGACCAGAUCUUUACGAUGAGGCAGUCAGCGCGACAUGUGUCCCUUGCCAUGAAGAGAUACUUCGAGGCACAUCUGGCACACAAAGUUGAUGAAAUCCGACGCUCUCAUGCCCGAAAUGAUGGCGGGUCACCGGUCCAGGAAAACCCCGCCUACAAGGCCAUUAAGUUGAGUCCGGAGCUUGUCCAGGAGAAUGUGGAGCUGAUGAUGGAGCUGAUGCCAGUACGCGUACACUGGGCUCCGGAAGCGACCUUUCACAAACUCGGCGGACUCCAGCUACUGUCACAGCUUAUCGCCAUGGCUCCCAGCUGGAACAACUACCCAGGAAAGCCGGAGAUGAUCAGGAACGCCCUGGACGUGAUCCAUGUUUGUACUGUAACCCCAAAGUCCCAGCUUGCCCUGCUAGACUCUGUACCAAUGCCAGAAAACCAUCAAACGCCAGCCAUCAGUGUGUUGAUAGGGCUUGCUGAGGGAGAGGUGCUGUCAGAUCCAGAUGUACAAAAGUCUGCCCUCAACGUCAUCAUCAACUGUGUGUGUGGGCCUGUGGAGAGGUUGGGUGGAGGCGUGGGGCGAUAUAUGGGUACGGGUGCCAAGAAAAAAAUCAAUCUGAAGAUGGGAGAAGAUGUCCUUAGUCGCAUGUGGAAUGGAGUGCGAGUCAACAAUGGCAUUAUGGUACUAUUAAAGUUACUGACCAUCAAAACACCAAUCACAGAUGCUGACUGCCUCCGCGCACUGGCAUGUAAAGCUUUGGUAGGUUUGUCUCGGUCAGAGACUGUCCGGCAGAUCAUCGGUAAAUUGCCAUUGUUCAAUAAUGGCCAGCUUCAAAUGUUGAUGAAGGAACCUGUGUUACAAGAUAUGCGCCAGGAGUUUGUCAAGUUCUGUAAAUACGCUAACAACCUGUUGGAGCGUGUGUCUGGAAAACACUCCAACGCCAACUUCGAUGCCUCCCUCGACGACAUCAGGAGGGCAGAUAUUGUUGCCCAGACGAAGAUCAUCUUCCAGGAGAGAGAGCUGCUCCAGCUAAUGUAUAGCCACCUUCUGUCCCAAGGUUUAUAUGAAGCAGCGUCUGCUCUACAGAAAGAGGCUUCCCUACCUCUGUGUUCGACGAUUCCUCAACUCCAUCCAACCAGCCCGCAUUUCUUCUCCACACCUCACCACACACCAAAACUGGGUCGUCAAAUCUGUCCGCUGCCAAGCAGCCAAUCAGCUUCCAGCAGUCAUGUAAACCAGCCAAUCAUGGUCAACACAUCACACAGUCAGAUGGAGAAUGGUGCCACUCCUGGAACCAGUGCAGCAGGCAGCUCGGGACACAUACGCUUUACCAUUGGGAAGCCAGCCCAUCCUUCCCCCUCCAACAUAACUCACAGCAAGAUGCAGCCCACUCGAUGCCGAUUUAACCGGGAAAAAGAGGGUGGCCUCGGAAGUCCAGCGCUACGAAACAGAGGCGCUUUGGGCAAAACAGGCGGGGAGUUUGAGAUGACUCUGGACAAGAUUGUGACUGAAUACUUACGGAAACAGCAUGCUUUAUGUCGGAACCCUGUAGCGACCUGUCCCCAGAUGUCUCUGUUUCAACCACACCGAUGUCCAGAGCCGCGGGGGAAGAGGAGUGCUCCGGCAAACUUCACCUCGCGCUUCUUCAACAGCCAGAUACAACCAAGAUAUGGGGGUCUUGAAGGUGCUAGUGCAAAUCAUAAAUUCAUCUACAGCAGAUUUCGACCUUUUAAAACUUUCAAAGAUGGUGAUGAUAAUUUCGGCUUUACCUGUUGUGCAUUUGCGCCGACACAGCAGCAUUUGAUAUUAGGUACAUAUACUGGAGAUCUGAAGUUGUUCAAUGUGGUGUCUGACGAGGAGCCAGUCAGCUUUAGUGCUCACACGUCUCCCAUAACCAAAUGUCAACCGUCCAGGGAUGGCGGGCUGGUCCUGACGUCCUUCGAGGUGGAGUGGGAAAACAUGCACGGCUCAAGUCUGUGGAGCUACGGAGAUGUCCUGGACAGCAAGUAUUCAUUUGAGGAUUACUAUGUAGAGUUUAGUAAACACAUAGAAGACAGAAUCAUCGGCACCAGGGAUGGAACCGCACAUAUCUAUGACGUGGCUACGGGUCGCCAACUGCUGAAACUGUACGAUGCUAACUUGGCCAACAACUACCAGCUGAAUCGUGCAACCUUCAACCCCACUGAUGACAUGGUGCUCAACGAUGGAGUAUUAUGGGAUGUUCGAUCAGGAAAGCCUAUCCACAAGUUUGACAAAUUUAACCAAUUUGUGAGUGGAGUGUUCCAUCCAAUGGGACUGGAGAUCAUUAUCAACUCCGAAGUUUGGGACAUGAGGACCUAUCACCUCCUACAUACCGUGCCCUCCCUCGACCAGUGUCAGAUUCACUUCAAUCACAACGGCAACAUCAUGUACGCUAUUCAAAUUGAUCAGGAACAAGAUGCUGCCGAGGAAAAAGUGAGAAGUCCAUACGGGUCUACAUUUCGAACUUUUGAUGCCAAGGACUACAGUUCCAUAGCUACCGUUGAUGUUAAAUCCGGCACCAUCUCAGACCUGUGCUCCGACCGAGCUGAUUGCUUCCUGGCUGUGGUAGAGAAUCAAGACUUCUCUGAGACGGGAACUAAAGAGAGUGUGUGUAAGCUGUAUGAAAUCGGUAAACUACGUGACGCAGAUGAUGACCAGCCAGAGGAGGAGGAGGAAGACGACGGGCUAGAGGAUGAUGACGAUGAUGAGGAUGAUAUCCUCAAUAUGGACUCGCUAGAUGAUUCCAAUGACUCCUUUGAAAUUGAUGGAGAUGACGAUGAUGAUGAUGACGACGAUGAAGAAUUAUCAAUAUCAGAUAUAGAUGAUGACGAUGACCUGGAUGAUGAUAUUCUGUUUCAGUUAGUGUGAUAAUAUUGGUGCUGAACACUAUUCGAGUAUUAGGCUGUAGUUGUACAGACACUUAUCCGAGAUCUAGAGACAAAGCUUAAUAUAUUUUUAUCUGCAAUACUGUUGGUUCCCGUCACAUAUCCGAGGUUGAUAGUUUGGUUCCCGUCACAUAUCCGAGGUUGAUGGUUUUGUGAAUAGGUUCAUUAUUGAUGAAAUCUCUCAAUUUUACUGUUACUAAGUGAAUAGGUCGUCUAUUUAUGAAAUUUCCUAAUUUUAUGCUGAUAUAUAUAUAUAUGUGACCACAUCCUGAAUUCGUUUCUGUUCAAUACAUUUCUUGAUUAUGAAUUGAUUUCAUGAAAUAUGACAAUAUGUUGCCUUUAUUUUUAUGCUAAUGUAGUUCCUAAAUCUUGUCGGUAACCUUAUGAUAAUGAACAGACUUCCAGGAGUUGGCUAAUUAAGAGCAGCAGUAUUCGGGUCAACUUUAUGAAUAUUUGUGAAUAUUAGAUGCUGAUUAUGAUGUUACAAAUUUUUUAUUCAAAUUUUAUGCAUCCAGGUAUUCUUUCUGCUCGCUAUUUAUUAAGUUCUUCAUCAGUGAUCAUUUAAGAAUGAAUUGGGGGCAUUAUAAAACCCGUUCCCCAAGGGGGCAUUAUAAAACCCGUUCCCCAACAAAAAUUUUGCUGUAUUUUCCCGAAGUCAAUGCAAAAAUCACUUUAUUUUCUUUAAAAUUGUGCUCUUUGUGCAUGCUAUUCUCUGUUUAUAUAGGCUACUAUCAGUCUUGUAUAUACCUGGUUUAACAUUGCUACAGAGAGGUCAGCAGGCUUCUGUUGGUGAUCACUCUAAACAAGUCUCAAGUGAACUGACAUUAUUAUUUAAUCAUUGUUAUUGGUGUAAGAGGUUUUCUGUUAAAUUAAUAAAAUCAAGAUGUAAACAAGUUUUAAAUUAUCAGAUUUUUUAUCGUUGUAUAUAUUGUCUGAAUAAAUACCCUGAUGAAAACA